AUGACGAUUACCGCAGUGCAGAGCCUCCUGCCAGGCCGCAUCGCCUCCAAUUCCUCCGAAAAGCAGACCGAGAAGCCUCCUCCACAACUUCACGGCAUCACAGACUUUCCCUUCAAGGGCUAUCACCCUCCGCAACCCGAGGGAUAUCAGCAAACCCGAGCCCACCCCGAUACCAGCGCCAUCGUCAUCGACAAUGGCUCCCAUCUCGUUAAGGCCGGCUGGUCAUUCGACAAGAACCCGCGAUUCGCUAUCCCCCCCGUCAUGAGCCGAUACCGCGAUCGCAAGCUCAUGCGUCAGUGUCAAUUCAUCGGCUACGAUGCCUACGUCGAUGCGACAACCCGAGGACAACUGCGCAAUGGAUUCGACCCAGGCUCAAGUGUUGUGGGUAAUUGGGAUGUCAUGGAAGGUGUGCUGGACUACCUGUUCAUCAAACUGGGUGUCGACGGUGCCAACGGCGGCGUCGGCCGUCCCAUUCUGAUGACGGAGCCAAUUGCGAAUUUGGGAUACUCGAGGAAAAUGAUGAACGAGAUCCUAUUCGAGUGCUACUCUGCGCCCUCGGUGGCUUACGGUGUCGAUUCGUUGUUCUCAUAUCGUUACAAUGGGGGAAAGGAUGGCUUAAUUGUGGACUCUUCACAUACAUCUACUCAUGUCAUCCCCGUCAUGGAUUCGAAACCCAUCUUUUCCAACAGCUCCCGCCUCAACUGGGGUGGCUUACAAGGCUCCGAAUACCUGAUGAAGCUUAUGAAGCUCAAGUACCCAACCUUCCCGACCCGUUUGACGGACGCGCACAUGGAGGAAAUGGUCCACAACCACUGCUACGUUUCUCAAGAUUAUAGUCGCGAAUUGGGCGGAUACCUGGACUGGUCAGGGCUGGAGGAUCGUGAUCGUGUCAUCCAGUUCCCCUUCACAGAGCAUGUUGUCCAAGAAAAGACAGAAGAGGAACUCGCCAAGAUCGCCGAGCGGAAGAAGGAAAGUGGCCGUCGUCUCCAGGAACAGGCUGCCAAGAUGCGCCUCGAAAAGCUUGUCCGAAAGGAGCAAGAGCUAGAGUACUGGAAAGCCCUUCAGAUCAGACUGGAGAGUGAGAACAAAAAGGAGACUCGUCGCAUCCUUGAAGCUGAAGAGUUGAAGGACGAAGCCGCUCUAGAGAGAAUGAUCCGUGAAUUAGAGAAGUCUAUCAAACGCUCUCGCAACAAGGAUCUCGGCAUUGAAGAAACCGAGGAGCAACCGGAGGAGAUGACUUUCCCUAUGCUCGAUAUCCCAGAUGAUCAAUUGGACGAGGCUGGCUUAAAGGAGAAACGCCACCAACGCUUGAUGAAAUCAAACGUCGAUGCCAGGCAGCGCGCCAAAGAAGAGAAAGAGCGUGAGAAGGCCCGUGUUGCAGAGGAAGAGAGGGUUGAUCGCGAAGAGCGCGAGAACAACUUCGAGCGCUGGAUUUCUAAGCGUCGCGAAAACCGCCAGCGCAUUCUUCAAAGUAUCAAGGACCGCGAUCGUUUCACUGCUGACCUUGGCAACCGCAAAUCUCUCGCCAGUCAAAUGCGUAUGAAAACACUAGCAAACCUGGCAUCCGACGGUCCCAAGAAGCGCCGCCGCGGAGGUGAUGACGAUGAUUUCGGUGCGAACGACGAUGACUGGGGCGUUUACCGCACUGUCGCCGUUGGUGAGGCCAGUGACGACGAAGAGGAGGAGGAUCUCAAUGCCACUCUCGACGCCGCUGAGAAGGAACUGCUCGAAUUCGACCCUGAGUUCAGCGAACACAACACUUUUGCCGCGCAGUCAGACUGGACGAAGAGCCUCGUCCAUGCAUUCCUCCGCGGACCCUGGCCUUUCGACGCGGAAAGUCAGCGGGAAGCGCACCAGCUUCAUUUGAACGUUGAGCGCAUUCGCGUUCCUGAGGUUGUCUUCCAGCCCUCCAUAGCAGGUGUCGACCAGGCUGGUCUGAUUGAGAUCGUGGCCGAUAUCAUUAACCAGCGGUACACCAAUCCGCAAGAUCAAUCUCGGUUGCUGAAGGAUGUAUUCUUGACUGGUGGAAACACUCUGUUCACUGGUUUCGAUGAGCGCUUCCGCAACGAGGUACGGGGAUUCCUGCCUGUCGAUGCCCAGCUGAAUGUGCGCAAGGCCUCGGAUCCCGUCUUCGACGCCUGGAAGGGUGCAGCUCAGUGGGCUUCUGGGGAUGAUUUCGCUCGCUCUUCCGUCACAAGACAGGAAUACUUGGAGAAGGGCAGUGAAUAUCUCAAGGAACAUGAACUUGGUAAUGCUACGUGGUGA